UGCAUGUGGCCUCACUUCCUUGAUAUUUUUUUUCAGCUUUCAGAUUCCCUGCAGAUUCUCUAGUGCAUAUUCUCCCUGCCCAACCACCUCUCUCUCCCUCCCUCUCUCUCUCCCUCUCCCUCUCCCUCUAAUAAAUGUGCAUUCUUUCUGUGUCUUCCUACUCCAAGGGCCAUGUCUUGCAGAGAUCCACUUUAGCUUCACAGGAGCCAAGAACCAGUCCGAAGGAAAAAAAAUAGUCUGCUUCAGAUCGACACAAUAUGCUGAUAUAGUGUAUGGCAACCACUGUACCUGCAUGAGUUUUAAUGCGAAUGCACAUCGAGGCUUGGCGGCUACGACCCAUAGGAGGGUGAUUACAACAGAGUCCGAAGGGAGCUCAGAAGAGGCACCAAAGGUAUCAGUGGGGCCCAAGAAGACGUGGAAGAGAGGGACGAUAGUCGGUGCUGUCUCUUUGAUAGUUGGAACCACAGAAGACAUACCCCGCCGUUUUAUCCCCAUUGUGAUUUCAAUAAUCAUAUGCUGGAUAUUCCUGGUGAUUGAAGCUCUCUUGCUGGCUGAAAUAAACAUCUCUCUGUGGAAGAAGAGCGAGAAUGAUGAGAGAGAAAUUGGUGAGGAUCUAGAAGUAAUAUCACUGCGGACUAUGGCCCAAGAAACUCUAGGCGAGUUUGGAGGGAAUUUGGCCACUGUAACUUACGAAUUCCUGGCUUAUACAUCUAUGGUCGCUUAUGCAUCCAAAUCAGGGGAAGUCCUAUCUCACUUGAUCAACCUUCCUGAAUCCAUCUCAGGCAACUUCUUCACCCUCUUUGUGGCACUUCUCAUUGUCGCUGGCGGGACCCACAUCACAGAUCGAGUCAACCAAUGGUUGACCUUUUCCAUGCUCGAUAAACAUAUGCAAGAUAACACGAUAGUAAUCUUCAUUUGUAAUGAAAGAUUGCUUGCCAUAAUUGAAGCUACAGCAAUAGCAUCUGGUAGUAGUGGAGGGGCAAAUUUGCAAACAAUAUCCAAUUGGGACAAGGUUCCACCAACAAUCCCAGUGAUCAUCUUCUCACUGGUGUAUCAUGAUAUCACACCCGACUGAUGCUGAAUUUAUUUGCAUGCAAUCUGUGCAUACCUUGGUUGGGAUCUUGCACGGAUAAAGCUCUCGAUAAUGCUGGGGAGUAUCGUGCCACUUCUUUCUUUACUUGUCUGGGAUGAUAUUGCUCUUAGCCUCUCAAAUUUUGAUGGCUCUGAUCCUCUUGACAUGCUUAAGAUGCAAUGGAGUAGCAUGUCUUCACUUCUAGCAGUCAGGACAUCAAUGAUCGGAACUCUCCUCGGAGUCUCUCAGUUCUUUAUUGAACAGCUUAUUAAUCUCUUCAGUGCACCACCAAUUCUAUCACCAGGAAAGAUAAAAGAUGAUUCUAUUGAUGGUGCUGUAGAAGUCAAGGAUACACAUUAUAAUGCUAAGAAAUUGAUGGACAACAAUAAGCUCAGUAUUGUGGCAUCUACAAUUGUGAUUCUUCCUACUAUGCUCAUCUCAACAGUUGUACCAAAUGCAUUUUCACUAGCAACCGAUAUUGCAGGUGGUUAUUGCAUGAUGAUCUUGUAUGGCAUUCUUCCACCAAUGAUGGCAUGGUUAAUGCAUUUUAGGAUGUACGAUACUGCGCCGCAGGAAGCAAAAGAUUCCACAGAUGAGAAUAAAAAAGUAGUAUUAUCAAGUACCAAAACUGUACUCAUUGGAAUGGGAUUAUUUUCUAUUGUAAUAACAAUGGAGCAAUUUUUGCAGGAUCUAGUUGUUCUGGACUCAUAUUUAUUUUCUUACAACACAAUAGAAAAACUAUUUUUCCAUGUCAGUCUGUAAUGCCAACAAGUUCUCAAAAAAAAUAUGUAUA